ACAGGCCCCGUCCGAAUCAAGACAGCCGCACACAUAAGCACCUACCAAUAACAAAACGCUGCAUGCCAUUUUCAUGGGGGGCUACCGUUAACGUACAUGGAGCCUCAGGAAGAAAAGCCGAUAAUUUAUACAAUGGAAAACAAGCCAAUCGUGACAUGUGCUGGAGACCAGGGUUUGUUCACAUCUCUCUAUACCCCAUUGGCCCAACAGCUUCCCAGAGAGCCAAUGGAAUGGAGGAGGACUUAUGGCCGUGCGCCAAAAAUGAUCCACCUUGAGGCUAACUUUGUCCAGUUUAAAGAGGAGCUAAUCCCCAAAGAAGGCAACAAAGCUCUUCUUACCUUCCCCUUUCUGCACAUCUACUGGACAGAUUGCUGUGACACAGAGGCAUACAAGGGCUCGGUAAAGGAGGACAUGAUGCGCUGGCAGAACAGCCUGCGGGCCCACGGCUCGGCAGACUGGGUCAUCGUUGUCGUGGAGACCAACGAUGCCAAAAAGAAGAACAAGACUAAUAUCCUUCCGCGUUCCUCCAUUGUGGACAAGAUCCGCAAUGACUUCUGCAACAAGCAGAAUGACAGGUGUGUGGUCCUGUCAGAUCCUCUAAAGGAGUCGUCCAGGUCUCAGGAGUCGUGGAGCUCUUUCCUGCUGAAGCUGCGCACCCUCCUCCUCAUGUCUUUCACCAAGAACCUUGGCCGUUUUGAAGACGACAUGCGCACACUUAGAGAGAAGCGCACCCAGCCUGGCUGGAGCUUCUGUGAAUACUUCAUGGUGCAGGAGGAGCUGGCCUUUGUGUUCGAGAUGCUACAGCAGUUUGAGGAUGCUCUGGUUCAGUACGAUGAACUGGAUGCUCUCUUUACUCAGUAUGUCCUCAACUUUGGAGCUGGAGAUGGAGCCAACUGGCUUGGGUCGUUCUGUGCCCCCGUGCGCAGCUGGGGUGGUUUGCUGCUGCGUCGGCCCAUCGACAUGGAGAAGAGGGACGGGAUCCAGCAUGGGGUGGCCAGCCUGCUGGACCUGAGGAGCUACCUGUUCUCCCGCCAGUGCACCCUGCUCAUCUUCCUUCAGAGGCCUUGGGAGGUCACGCAGAGAGCCCUGGAGCUACUCCACAACUGCGUCCAGGAGCUACGCCUACUAGAGGUGUCUAUCCUGGAGGGGGCGCUGGACUGCUGGGUGUUCCUGAGCUGUCUCGAGGUUCUCCACAGGAUCGAGGGCUGCUGUGAUCAGGCCCAGCUAGCUGACAACUGCUCCCACACUGUAGGCUUGUGGGCUUACGCCACUGACAAGCUGAAGUCCCUGGGGGAGCUGUGUGGUCUGAUAUCAGACAAGGGGCCGACCUCUGAGGACCUGAACAGGACUGUGGAUCUGCUGGCCGGCCUGGGCGAUGAGAGGCCUGAGACCGUCAACAGUUUGCAGAGCCCUUACAAAAAGCUGAAAGAAGCCUUAUCAUCUGUAGAGGCCUUUGAGAGGCACUAUCUUGAGCUGUCUCAUGCUGCUAUGGAGAUGUACAGGGCCAUCGGUAGGCAGAGGUCAGCCAGACUGGUGGGGAAAAGCCUGGCCGAGUUCUACAUGAGGAAGGGGGCCCCUGAGCGGGCAGAGGUCUUUUUGCAGGAUGCUCUGAGGUCGUAUGUGUCAGAGGGGUGGAGCCUGCCUGUUACUCACACCAGGAAACAGAUUGCUGAAUGUCAGAAGCUGCUGGGCCGCACUGGAGACUACCUGCAGACCAGUGCCUUGUUGGCAGGUGAUGUGAAUCUGAUCAAUGAGGAGAGGAAGCACUUUUGUCAGGAAAUCCUGACCUUUGCCUGCAAAUCAACAAAUGAGUCCAUGAAAGUGACUCUCGGCAUGAAUGCAUUUGCCCAGCUCACACAGCUGCAGUUUCUUCCAGCUAUGGCCUCUGUGCACUCUGGUGCAGCGCUCCAGGUUGAGCUCAGCCUGCGGUUCCUGAUGCCCGUGUCAGUGUGCAUACAGCAGCUGGCCGCUAGUAUUCACUUUAGUCUGGAGCAAGUAGGGAUUCACGGGAGGUCUAAGGGACCUCAGAGACAAACAAAUCCAGGGACAGUAUACUUCAGCCAUGGGAACUCAUCAGGGGGACUGCCGUCAUCCGCUGUCAUCCAUCCCUCUUUAGAGCUGGACGAGAUCCAGGACAGGAGUCCCUCGGACAACUCCAUCAACUCCACGGGCAUGGUGUGUAAAAACACACACCUGAUCAUGCGCCGCCAUGACAGCAGCUCGUCGCCAGACACACCCAACUGUGUCAGCCCUCCCGCUGUUACCAUGGACGAUGGGUCACAGAUGCUGAAAGUGCAGGAUGUAAUGCUGGAGCCGGGGAAUAACAGCAUCACGUUCACAGCACCAAGUGGGGAGCCGGGUACUUACACCUUGCGACAGCUGUGUGCCACGGUGGGCCAGGUCCAGUUUGUACUUCCCCACAUCUACCCUCUGGUCCAAUACGAGGUCUAUUCUCAGGAGCCAGAGCUCACAGUGGAACCCCUUUCAGAGCCACUGCUGGCGGGUCUGCCCCAGAAGGUGAAGUUCACUCUGUUAACGGGCCACUAUACAGUGAAGAAGGGAGACGCCUUGCAGCUCAGCAAUACUGACACCAUGCCCAUCCUGCCUUUUACAACCUGCACAGCCUCCAUCCUCAACCCUGCUGCUGAGCGCAUGGGGGAGAGUGCUUUGUCCAUUCAGUCAUCUGAGAAGGUGACCAGCAUCAGCCUGCCCCCCACCCCGCCCUACCAUACCCUGGAGUUCCAGCUGGAGGUGCUAUGUAUCAUCCCAUCAGGGCCUGACCGACCCGCCAACGAGAGGCUGACCAAUGGGGAGAUCCGCCAUCGGCCACGCAGCUACAGCCACCCUGACACCCCCAUGACUGCAAUCGACCAGAGGGCAUGCAUCUUGGAAAUUGUGAUGUCGAUAGACUGCCCCUGGUCUAUCUACUCCACACUGCUGGCUCUCACCUUCUACAUCCCGUUCAAGACAAAACAUUCACUGCUAUCUGCUGGCAACAGGAAAUACAUCCAGGUGUGUGUACAGAAUGUGUCGGAUGUGAGCUUCCAGCUGUCAGAUCUGAAGCUGUCGGAGAAACAUCAUACCUCUUUGGAGCUGCAGUCACUCAAUACUAAAGCGAAACAGCUGGUGUGCAGUAAGCAGAGUGUGUUCUGCUUAUGGGAGGUGAGGUGGAGGGCAGAUCUUCCCUCCUGUCUCCAGUGUGUAUUUUCUGCCAACUUCUCGCCGCUCCAGCAAGACAUCUCUGCCUUCAAACCCUUCCACUACCAGUUCCAGCUGGAGAGAGUCACUACCCUGUACAGUGUACGAGCGGAGAUCCUGCCUGCCGCUGGGGAGCAGCACUGUCGCUCUGGCACACUCUGUGGGCUAGAGGUGUGCAUCACACGCCUGACUGAGCCUGCAGAGGGAGAGAUCGGAGACGAGGGCAAGGCCGAGACAGAUGGGCUCAGGACUACCAAGCUCAUGUAUGAAGUUGCUGACAGCAGCAGUAACUGGGCUGUGUGUGGGAAGAGCUCUGGGAUGGUAUCCAUGCCCAUGUCUGCCAGCGCCACCCACAAGGUGCAAAUUGAGGUGAUGCCCUUGUUCGCGGGUCACCUGCCCUUCCCCAAAAUCAAAGUGUUGAAGUACCUGCCUCACACUGCAGCACCCGCUAUCCAGCCUGACCCCGACAGCUGCGUGGAGAACGACACUCUCUCCCUGCUUGACAAGUCUUUGGAUGACCAGGGGGACACGGCCAGCAUCCGUAGCCGUGGCAGUGUCCAUUCACUGGGCAGCACGGACCAGCAGCAGAGGGGCCUCCCCAUGCCACGCCUGGAGCCCUUCAGCCCCGGCCAGGUUUUCAAUCACAGCCACGCACGGCAGGUCCUGGUGCUGCCCACGGCAGAUGACCACAUCAUGGAGGUCAACGCCACGUGACCCUGGUGGCUGGACCACCCCCACAGACCCCACGUCACUACCACCACCUCCCACCUGCGCACCCACACUUGGACUGGCUCAACCCAAGCCCCAAACGAACUCGGCAAUGCACUGUUGAACAGUAGGGAAGGUUGGGUCCUUGGGACUUUGUCCAAGUCUAUGAUGGGCUCGCUUCCUUUUUGGGGACAACUCACCCACCCCCACCCCCAUCUCCACAGCAUGAAACUUGGACAUCACUGGAGAUAUCAUGGACUAGUCACAGCAAUGAAUGAAUGAAUGACACCUGCUGAUAGCAUUGACCUCGUGGGGUGUUUUUGCCCCUACCCUCCCUCCCCAAUUUCUCUCUCUUUUUUUUUUUGCCAUACUUUGUACAUAGUGUCAUUGGAUGGAACGAUAGUUCUGUAUAUGGACUGCUCAUUCUAAUUUUAAAUCCUCCUGCGCCAUGAAAUUCAGAAUACGAUUUGCUGUCCCAUGUUGCUUUGCAGCCACAUGAUGCCAAACCCAGUCCACCCACCCCACUCAUAGCCAGAGCUGAUGCAGUGUCAACCUUCCCUUAAAAACGUGUGUUCAUUUAGACCCACCAAAGCCCUAGAUAGCCUGUGUGUGUAUGUCUAGCUCUGUGGGAGUCGCCAUGACUACUGAAGUACUGUACUUUGACAGGGUGUGUCCAGUAUGUUUCUGUGCAUUUGUAGCUGUGUGUGUAUGUGUGUGUGUGUGUGUGUGUGUGUGUGUGUGUGUGUGUGUGUGUGUGUGUGUGUGUGUGUGUGUGUGUGUGUGUGUGUGUGUGUGUGUGUGUGUGUGUGUGUGUGGCUCUGCGAGUAUGGCUGUGUGAGUUUGUUUGACCAAGUGAGACUAUGAAAAAGGAUCAGUGGAUAAUGUCUAUCUGUUGUCUUAUCUAUCAGUUGUUUGCCCAUGUACAGUAUGUAUAUCUACUGAGUGUUGAGGGGUAUGUGUGUUGCUGAAUCUGUGUCUAAGCUAUGCACACAGACCAUAAGUCUUGAAUAAAUGAAUGAAAAAAAGUCAUCAAUGAGUUUAUUCAUUCGUUUAAAAGAACAAAAGUCAACAUAUCCUUUUCCUAAUCCCUCUGACCCCCCCCCCCCCCCGUAUUGUAAUUAUACUGCUCUUCUUUGGCCACUGUACAUAACUCUGUAAAUAAAUGUGAUUUAAAUCAAAAUCUUUGAUCGCCAACUAUAUUAAAGAUAUUAAAA